AUGUCGAAACAGAAUUUGCUGAAAAAGAGUUUAUCAUCCGCGUCGAAGUGGUGGAAGAGUUUGGACCAGCCAGCGAGCUCGCAGACUUUGAGUCCUGCCGAACUAGCGGGCAUUCCGACCAGCGAAGAUAUUCAUUAUGAUUACAUCAUACUCCGCCAAGCCCGCGAAAUGGGCCGUCGUCAAACCUCCACCGACUCCAACUCCUCCAACCAAUCAGAAAACUCUAUCAGCAGCUCCUCCUCUUCCCAAGUCCGAAUGCGAAAAACUCCCAGCUCCACUCCUCGUCGCCCCAAAUCCGCCUGCCCAAUUCAGCGAGCUAAAACCGAAACAGCUUCAGAACCAAUUUCAUCAAGAAAUUCUCCGAAAACUCUUCCAAAAACUCCAGUUCAAAUCGUCCAAAAAUCGACGCCCCUGAGCUCCGAAAAGCGAAAAUUCUCGCGACAAAAGUCGGUUAACAAAUGGUCGAUGAAAGAAAUCAGCUGA